AUGGAAAGACAAUUCGAAGUCGCUUCUUCAGGAAAGGCGAAACUGGAAGAGAAGAAGAAGGAGGAUGAGAAAUCCGUUGAUAAAAGGGAAUACUUGGCAAGCAAGCAAGUCUCAGAUGAAUCGGUCGAACUUGAGAAGAGUUGUUUGACAGAAGAAGGAGAAGAUGACUACCUGUCUGAUCAGAACAGUCGGAAGAGGACAAGGGAAGCUGAUACGACUUGUGAAUCAAACAAGAGAACUAAGCUUAAUGAUCCGCCAAGCAAAGAAUCUGAUCCGUACGUUACGUUGAUGUCUGAUGAUGACUGGCUUUUUGGUACCGUUGAUCAGCAAAAGAAGGCUGCUGCUAUCAAGAAUGACAUUGAAGACAUGAAAUUGCAGAUAUCAUCAUCAGAUUCGGUUCUUGUCUUUUUCCCCAGAGCUCAGUUUUUGCCUCAAGUCGAAAUUUUUGCAUUACCAUAUACAGUCCUGUUUUAG